AUGCCAGAUAUCAACAAGACUUGCCAGACACUGAGGACUUAUGGGAUAAAACUGAAUCCCGACAAGUGUCUGUUCGGCGUAAAGAGUGGUCACUUCUUAGGCUACAUCGUCACCGAGCGGGGCAUUGAAGUUAAUCUGAGCAAGGUCAAAGCUUUGCAAGACAUGCCACCACCUCGAAACUUGAAGGAAGCUCAACGGUUGAUCGAUCGGAUCAUGGCACUAUCCGGAUUUAUAUCCAAAUCAUUCGACUGGAGCCAGCCAUUCUUCAAGGUGCUUUGUCAAGCCACAAAAUUCCAUUGGGAUGCUGAGUGCGAUUGGGCAUUGGAAGAGCUCAAGGAAUAUCUAAAUUCCUUGCAUGCAGCUCAGCAUAUUGGAGGAAUUAAAGUUCUCAUCCACUCGGGCUCCCAGGUUGCUGCCCAGCAACUAUCCGGGACAUUCGAGAUAAGCAACGCUCGGCUAAGGCUCUAUGCAAAGGUGUUUGAGAAGAUGAACGCCAACUUCCAGGAGGUCAUUAUACAGAAGAUCCCCCUAUCGGAGAACCAGACGGUGGAUGAGUUAGCGAAACUAGCUAGUUCGCUGACACCGAUUGUUAUAGGUCAGCAGAUCGAGCAAGUCUUGCUUGUGAUGCAUAUCGACCGAAUGGAAGGAAUAACCUUCUCGAAUGACUGGAGGACAACUCUGACAGAGUUUUUGUGUUCGGGAGCUACACCUUCUGAUCCGGAAGAAGCCCGUUUAUUGAAGAAGAGGGUUAGGCGAUUUACCUUGAUCGGGGAUCAACUUUACAAGAGAGCCUUCUCCAGGCCCCUUCUCAAGUGCGUCAGAUCAGAGGACACCGAGUACAUCCUGUGGGAGAGGCUCAGAGAGUUGUGCGAGGGCUAUGACAUCCAACAAGCCUUCACCUCUAUAGCUCACCCCCAGGGCAACGGGCAAUCCAAAGUCACCAAUCGGGAGAUCCUCAUAGUCUUACGUGCUCGACUCGACUACGUUGGAGGCAGCUGGGUCGAUGAACUCCCCAGCAUGUUAUGGGCCCUCUGCACGACCCCGAAGGAGGUGACCAGCGUAACACCCUUCCAUUUGGUAUACGGUGGAGAAGUAGUUGUCCUCGUAGAGGUCAGAGUAGAAUUCGAUCGGAUACAGCUCUACGACAAAGGAAACGAUGAAUGGAGGCUGAUGGAGCUCGACUUGGUUGGUAAUCUCGUCUGGAAGAAAGUGAAGCUGGUCGGUGACAUCACCAAGCUCGAAGCCCCAUGGACAGGGCCUUUCAAUGUCAUGCAGAAGCUCCAUUCGGGUGCUUAUUAUCUGGAGGAUGAAGAGGGAAGACAGCUCGAGAGGCCAUGGAGCAUAAAUCAUCUUCAACCUUACAGGGCUGGAUGA